AACAGGACGGUUUCACAACUGUAAACACGGCUCCACGCCUUCCCUCAGCCAUUCACUGAGCCGCACUCAGCUGGAAAAUCACUGGAAACAUAUCUGGCUUCAUUUUACUCCUCGCUUCACGCCUCCUUUGUGGACAGCAGUCGUGAAAGAAACACUUUUUAUUCUUUUCUCCUUUUUUUUUUUCCUGCGUGUUUACGACCCCGAGUGUGGAGGAGAUGCCCGGAGACACUCCGACAUGUUAAUGUGAUCGUCUCGGUUGAUCGUCUCUGCUUCGUCCAGCCUCGCCAGAAACCGAGUCUCGCGCCGGGGAAACCUCCACUCUCUGAGCCAUGGAGUUGAGCUCAGUCAUCAUCACCACCGUGUCCUCCACCGGCUUCUUCACACUAGUCAACAGCGGGUUCGGGAAGCUUCCCGUGCCCGAGCCCGCCCGCAGAAACACGUGGAAAUGGAGAAAUAUCUCCACAUCGUUCGUGCACAGCUUUAUCACUGCCGUCUGGGCAGUGAUGUGCUUUUUCAUUCAUCCACAGAUGGCUGAAGAUCUGAUAGAAACGCACUCUGUCUUUUCUCAUGCUCUGGUGUCGUUUUCUAUCGGUUACUUCAUCUACGACCUCCUGGACAUGCUGCAGCACCAGAGACUGAGUGAAGCCUGGGAGCUGCUCUUUCAUCACGUCGUGGUGAUCACCUGCUUCGGCCUCUCCGUGCUCACCUGCCGCUACGUGGGCUUCGCCGUGGUCGCCCUGCUGGUGGAGAUCAACUCCGUCUUCCUGCACUUCAGACAGAUCCUGCGCAUGGCCGGCCAGGCCGCCGCCACGCCGUACCGGGUCAACAGCAUGAUCAACCUGGGCACCUACGUGGUCUUCCGCAUCAACACGCUGGCCUGGAUGACCCGCUGGCUGGUGCUGAGCCGGGACAAGCUGCCGCUGGUGGCCUACACGCUGGGCAGCGUGGGCCUGGCCAUCAUGACCGUCAUGAACAUCGUCCUCUUCUGCCGCCUGCUCAGGAGCGACUUUUUAAAGAGCAGCACCCGGGAGGCCAAGAAGGACAAAGAGAUGUAGAGAGGAGGGGAGGAAGAGUCGCAAGAAGGAUCUCACACACACACUCACACACACACACACACACACACACACACACACACACACAGAUCUCAUAAUUGCACCAUGUGGCUUAAAUCUGUUGCCGUUUUACCUGUGUUGUCGUAUAGAGAACAAAAUGUCUUGACUUAACGUUCAGGAGGCUGAACGCUUCUUCAGCUGGUCAGUCAUGUUUUGAGCAGGUUUUUAGGAGUGGAGGAGGGAUUCAUUCUCUACGAUCACAAAACGAGGCCUUAUGAAAUGACACCUGAGGGCUUUUUUGUCCCCACAGGGAGUGAAAACCCUGCGAUAAGCGAAGACACACAGGACUCAUCCACUACGGUGCAUCGCGAGAAGUUAGAAUGGAAAAGAAAAAAAGUUCCCCAUAAUGGUAAUCAAACAGGAAAACUUUCUUUGUUGUUAUUUUAGCUCAUCAGCCAUAAAAAUAGAAGAAAAAAAAUACUCUAAUUAUCUCAUUUAUUUUUGUUAUGAAUGAAGAAUUAACGAAACAAAUAACAUUGAUGGAAUAUUUUAGGAGGUGCACCUCUAUCCAUCUCUCUCUCUAUAUAUAUAUAUACACAUAUAAAGUGCUACACAGAUUCUGUUAUGAGUUGUUUUUACUCUCAUCUAGAGAUUUUUAUUUUCUGCUGAAGUCAGUGGAACUCCGUCUCCUUGUGUUUAACACUGGCACUGCAGAGGUGAAUGUCUUUUCCUCCAAACCUCCUCAACUUAAAACCUGCUACCUCAGAAAAUGAUUCUCUUUCCAACCCUCGCUUCACUGUUAACAUUUAGAUUGCUUAAUCUUCGCUGAAAAAAACCAUAAAUGAGGUCCUGCAAACAAAGUGAUGAAUGAAUGCCAAAUUCUUUAGAGUAGCACUUAAACGAUUACAAACAGAAUUAUUUCAAUCAGCAUUCAGAACAAGCAGAUGUUCGGCAUGUUGAAGCUUUGCCAAAUGAAAAUUUCAGGGAAGUGGUUCUGUCAGACGGCUUCUUUCGCAAACUGGAAAAACUUAACGGUCCAUACUGUUAUAAUCGUGAUCUAGAUGUGUAUUCAUGCGCCGUGACGGCGUGCGGCACGCAGUAGGAGCUUCAGACAGGCGGAAUCUCUUCAUGUUGCCUUUUCCUGACCUCAGCCGACCGCCGCAGGUGCUUCUGCCUCGUCGCCUCUCGCCUCGGCCUGUGCCAUCCUGCCUUUAAAUCGACGCGCGGAGGCGGUCGCGACGUCCAUGUUGGAGCAGGAAGUCUGAAAAUCUGUGAAAAAAAAAAAAAAACAGCGAACUGUUGGAACACAGCGCUGCUGCGGAGCUGCCUUUUCUCCCGCCUCCGGUCAUG